AUGGUGGAAAACUUUGCGGCUCCACCUGCGUUAACACCAGAUCUGACAGCAAAAACUGCGGAGCAUGUGGUAAAGCUUGCGCAAGUGGCCAAACUUGUCAUAACGGAAAAUGCGUUUGCACCGGCACGGAAACACUUUGUGGCUCUACCUGUGUUGACACCAAAUCUGACAACCAAAAUUGCGGAACUUGCGUGCACCAGCGGCCAAACUUGUAAAAGUGGAAAAUGCACCCUAACUUGUCAGCAAGGUCAAACACUUUGUGGAAGUGCCUGCGUUGACACUAAUUCCGACAGUCAAAAUUGCGGGACUUGCGGUAACGCUUGCGUUGGUGGUCAAACUUGUCAAAACGGAAAGUGUGAUUGCACUGGCACAGAAACACUUUGUAGUUCUACCUGCGUUGACACCAAUUCUGACAGCAAAAAUUGCGGAGCUUGCG